CUCUCCAAAGCCCUCACUCUCUCGGUUUGCUCUUUCUGGACCGAACACACCGUUCCGAUCAUCUCCGUGUUCUCGCCGUUCAUAGCUUUCAAUUUCAACGAUUUAGCUCAGGAUAUACCUAAACAAUGGGCAAAAGACCCCCACCAGAUCCUGUGGCAGUGCUAAGAGGUCAUCGUGCUUCCGUCAUGGACGUAUGUUUCCACCCAUCUAAAAGCAUAUUAUUCACCGGGUCGGCAGAUGGUGAGUUGCGCAUUUGGGAUACCCUCCAGCGUCGGACUAUAUCAUCUGCAUGGGUGCACAGUGCAGCACAUGGCAUUAUUUGUGUUGCAGCUAGUCCAUUAAUUGGAUACAACAAAGUUGUGAGCCAGGGUAGGGAUGGAACGGUGAAGUGUUGGGACCUUGAAGAUGGGGGUUUAUCCAGGAUUCCUUCACUUACAAUCCAAACAAAUUCUUACCACUUCUGUAAGCUUUCACUGGUGAAGAAGCCUUCAACCUGUGUAAGACAAGCAGAACGUCCUAAGCGUUGCCAUGAUAUUGAGGUUAGGGAAUCUGCUGAUGGGGAAAUUCUGGAUGACAACAAAGAAAAUGCUGAAGUCAGUCUAAUGAAAAAUUCGAGCUCACAUGAAGGUGAUGAGCAUACUGAAGGACCGAAAUACGUGGCUGUAGCUGGGGAGCAGUCUUCUGAGGUUGAGAUUUGGGAUCUCAAUACUGCAAAGAAAUUGGCACAAUUGCCUCAAAAUUGCUCUGGUGGCUCCACAAAUCAUUCUACAAAGACUAGAGCAGGGAUGUGCAUGGCUGUUCAAGCAUUUUUAUCAUCAGAAUCACAGGGGUUCCUGAAUGUCUUGGCCGGUUAUGAGGAUGGAACUAUGGUUUGGUGGGAUUUAAGGAAUCCAGAGGUUCCUGUGACUUCUGUAAAGUUUCAUUCAGAACCAGUUCUGAGCCUGUGUGUUGAUGGGUCAUGCAGUGGGGGUCUCUCUGGUGCUGCGGAUCAAAAAGUCGUAAUAUUUAGUUUGGAUCACUCAAUGGGUUCUUGUGUGGUCAAGAAUGAAAUUAAUUUGGAACGACCUGGAAUAUCAGGGACGUCAAUCCGACCAGAUAGCAAAAUUGCUGCCACUGCUGGCUGGGAUCAUCGAGUGAGGAUAUAUAAUUAUCACAAAGGGAAUGCUUUGGCAAUAUUGAAGUAUCACCAUGCCACGUGCAAUGCUGUUUCCUUCUCAACUGAUUGUAAAUUAAUGGCCUCUUCAUCUGAAGACACGACUGUGGCACUGUGGGAACUUUAUCCCCCUUCAACAGUAAGCUAAAUGGUAUCAACUGUAACACACACAUCUGCGGAUUCAGGUGGUUCCAACAUUGUCACACACAUCUGCGGAUUCAGAUUAACACUGUUAAGUUUUUUGAUGUACUAAUUUAUACAGAACGUGAAAUGAGUGUUGGGUUUUUCAGAAUAUGUAAAUAUUAGUGUGAUUUGGUGAUCGUUCCAGAGUUCCAUAGUCGCAUCAUAUUUGCUUUGUGGGGAUGUCAUUGUAAAUAUUAAAUUUUAUUCCAUAAAUUGCUAUAGAAGAGCGAAGGAAGUGAUUUCUCAUUGAUGGAAAUCCUAGCAAUAGAAUUGUUCCAAUGCUCCCUUAAUAUAAAAGAAUUAACUUUCUCUAGAGUA